CUGUGCAUCGUUUGUUAAUUCAUGCCCGUUCGCGCCUUAAGGAAGCCAUCGUUCUUUCUUUCAGCGUUGGUCUUGCCGGAAGCCGUGAGAAGAAACGCCUAUUGCAAAAAUGGUGGCUCAAAAGAAACAGAAAAAGGCUCAGGAGAGCAUCAACACCAGAUUGGCACUUGUCAUGAAAUCUGGUAAAUACGUCCUUGGCUAUAAGCAGACUCUCAAGUCCCUCCGCCAAGGCAAAGCUAAGUUGGUCAUCAUUGCCAGUAAUACACCGCCGCUGAGGAAAUCGGAGAUCGAGUACUACGCGAUGUUGGCGAAAACUGGCGUGCACCAUUACACGGGGAACAAUAUCGAAUUGGGUACAGCCUGCGGUAAAUACUUCCGUGUCUGUACGCUCUCGAUCACAGAUCCUGGCAAUUCCGACAUCAUAAAGUCCAUGCCGACUGGUGAUCAAGCGUAAUGUACAUUUUUAAUCUAAUAAAUAACGAGUGAAAACAU